UAAUGACUCCUGUCCCAGCUGGAAGCAGUGGAGCUCAGAAUCAGCCAAUCACAGCUGACUCUCCUCAGCCAGGCCCUCCUAACUCCGCCCACAUCGACAAAGACGUCCUGUUGGAGCGUCAGGCUCACCUCCCUACUACACACAAGUUCAGCAGAGAGCCACUGUACCGAGUGAUAAAGAACCAGCCUCCUCCCAUUCUCUCCAUCGAGUUGGACCACAACCCCUUCAAGUGUCCCGCAGCCGGCUGCUGCAAGUCCUUCAGGAAGGCCAGUCUGCUGCACUACCACAUCAAGUACUACCACUCGGAGCAGCCGCUGGACGGGCCCGGCCAGCACCAGGCACCCAGGAGGAAGCGCUCAUCUUCUAAAGGCUGCGACUUCCUGUCAGAGGACCAGAACUGCUCCGGUCAGCCGGAUGACAGAGAGCACUGCAUCAUGGGAACAGAAGUGAAGAUGGAAGCAGAGAGCGAGAACAUGGGAGAACAGGACAGAAAGCAGAGCAAGAACUUCCUGAGAGUCAAACUCAAGAAGAAGAAAAAGAAGAAGAAGAGGAAGAGAAGCCAGUCAGGAUUUGGCAGCAGCGAUGAUGAGAACUCAGACCAACCUGCCAUCACUGUGAAGCUGCCCUCUGAACACCACAACACACACACACCAGCUGACGACGGCAGUGAUUGGUCGACCCUCACAGCGGAGAGCGGGGAGGACACAUCCUCUUGGCCCGUUGCUAUGGAGACAGAGGAGUGUGAGCUGGUGAGGUGUGUGUGUGAGGUGGACGAGGAGAACGACUUCAUGAUCCAGUGUGAGUCGUGUCUGUGCUGGCAGCACGGCACCUGUAUGGGUUUAUAUGAAGACAACGUCCCACACAACUACACCUGCUACUACUGCAGACACUCUGCAGGCUGGAGGCGGGCUCAGCGGUUCCUGUCAGAACCUGAUUGGCUGAUAUCUGGUCACAUGUUCGGCCUGUCGUGUGUGAAGGAGAACUACUCUGAGAUCAACGCCUCCAAGAUCUCUCACACCAGCAGCCUGCUGGCACACACUCACGUCCUGGGACAGGUGCUCCGCAGCCUGCAGCUCAAGAUCAGCCUGCUGCACGCUCCGUCCCACCCUGACCUGCAGCUGUGGAGGUUGCCAUGGCGACAAGAGGACGGGCCGAGGCUGGCGUCCAGCCCGAGAGCCGAGACGCCCGUCUGCUACGUCAGCAGUGAGCACUGCUACCAGAAGCCUGGAGCAUCAUGGGAAAACUCCGAGGGGAAGGAAAUAAAGUCUGAAGAUGUCGACACCAAACCAGCUGAUGCCACGGGAGAUACAAACACAGACACACACUGCACACACACAGACAGCUGUGCACACCCUCAGACACACACUCAGACACACCAUCAGACACACACCCCCCCUCAGCAGCCGGUGGAGCCUCGUGUGGCCUCCGAGGCCGAGUGCCGGCUGAACCUGCUGGAUCACGUGGAGUCAGUCCACCACCAGAUCAGCUCCAGGAUGGACCUGAUCGAGAGAGAGCUCGAUGUGUUGGAGUCCUGGUUGGACCACUCGGGAGAGCUGGAACCUCCGGACCCUUUGUCCCGCCUCCCGCAGCUCAAACAGCGAAUCAGGCGGCUGCUGCAGGACCUGUGCACCGUGAGACACCUAUCAGUGUGGCGCUGACACCUGUCACCCCCCCGAACUCUGAGCCCUGACCUUUGACCCUGCUGUCUCUGACAACCGGACACUCAGACAGGCGGGGCAGAGGGACAGACUGGCAGAGAGAGAGAGACUUG